AUGCCUCCUUCAACUCUCUUCCGUUCGGAGGAGAUGUCCCUCAUCCAACUAUACAUACCGUCAGAAACAGCUCAGCCAACUGUGGCGGAAUUGGGAGAGCUGGGAUUGAUUCAAUUCAGAGAUGUUGCAAAGUCCGAUAUUCCAAUUCGUCCAUUAACUGGCGAUGUAUCUAGUGCACGUGUGAGAAAUGCUCAAGAGGUUGAUGAUCUCGAAGAAAAAAUAAAUGAACACGAACGUCGAAUUUCACAAAUGAACAGUUCAUAUGAAACUUUACAAAAAAGAUAUUUAGAAUUAACGGAGGCUAGACAUGUUCUCAAAGAAACUGCUGUCUUCUUCGAAGAGGCAGUAUCUCGUCAAGAUAAUAUUCGUCACUCUUUUGAUGAACCUAGCGUUCCUUUACUUGAUCAAGAUGUUGAACAAGGCGGUGCUACUACAAAUCAGGAAAAUGUUGGAUUUCAACCGAACCUCGGAUUCGUUACCGGUGUAAUCUCCAGAGCAAAAAUGCAAACCUUUGAGCGAAUCCUUUGGCGAGCUUUACGUGGAAACUUAUAUCUGAAUUACGCAGAGAUCGAUGAACCGAUUACUGAUCCCGAAACUGAUGAAACACUUGAAAAGAACGUGUUUAUUAUUUUCGCUCACGGAAAAGAAAUUUUGAAUAAAAUAAGGAAAAUUUCAGAGUCAUUAGGUGCUACACUUUAUCCUGUAGAUGAUAGUUCAGAUAAAAGGCGAGAUAGUUUAUUAGAGGUUACUGCACGAAUCGAAGAUUUGAAUUCUGUGCUACAAAAUACUAAUAAUACUAGGAGAGCUGAAUUGAUAAAAGUGGCUGAUGAUCUUACAGCUUGGAGUACUAUUAUAAGAAAGGAGAAAGCUAUUUAUCAUACAAUGAACCUUUUCAACUAUGAUGUAAAUCGUAAAUGCUUGAUUGCUGAGGGUUGGUGUCCUAAAAAUGAUAUUAACCAAGUCCAUCAAGCACUUAGGACUGCUACGGAUGCUUCAGGUUCCACAGUACCAUCCAUCCUGAAUGAAUUACGUACUACAAAAGAACCACCCACUUUCCAUCGUGUCAAUAAGUUUACUAGUGGUUUCCAAGAAAUUGUUGAUGCUUACGGUGUGUCUAGAUAUCGUGAAGUUAAUCCUGGAUUAUUUACCAUUAUUACUUUCCCUUUCCUCUUUGCUGUGAUGUUUGGUGAUUUUGGUCAUGGUAUCUUAGUUACGUUAGCGGCUUUAUAUCUUGUAAUUUUCGAGAAAAAGCUUGCUAAUUCUGGAAAAGGAGAAUUUGAAAUGGACCCCGAUAGUGGAAAAGAAAUUGGCAAGCAAACUGGUGUUUACCCAAUUGGUGUCGAUCCGGCUUGGCAUGGUACCGAAAACUUUUUACUGUUCACCAAUUCUUAUAAAAUGAAAAUGUCUAUAAUUCUUGGUGUCAUUCAGAUGAGUUUUGGUAUAUUCCUUUCAAUAUUUAAUUACAUUCAUUUCAAAAAAACUCUGAGUAUCUGGGCUGAAUUCAUUCCUCAGAUGUUAUUUAUGCAAUGUAUCUUUGGAUACCUGUGUUUUGCGAUCAUUUAUAAGUGGUCCAUACCUUGGUACGAGCCUGAUGCUAACGGAAAUCCAAGGAAUAGUCCGCCUGGAUUAUUAAAUAUGUUGAUUUAUAUGUUUUUACAACCUGGUUCCGUUGAAAAAGAUGAUGAAUUAUAUACUGGACAGGGGACUAUACAGCUCGCACUACUCUUUACAUCUGCGGUCUGCAUACCUUGGAUGUUGUUUGUGAAGCCUUUCGUUUUGCGUCGUGAGUAUAAGAAAAUACGGGCACAGGGAUAUCAUAAUCCGCAAGCUGACGUUACACGUAUAUCUACAGAUGAGAAUAAUGAGCACGGCGGAGCUAUAGUAGCAGAGGAAAUGCAUGAGGAGGAAGAGUUUGAUUUCGGAGAGGUUAUGAUUCAUCAGGUCAUUCAUACGAUCGAAUUCUGUUUGGGUUGUAUUUCUAAUACAGCAAGUUAUUUACGGUUAUGGGCUUUGAGUUUAGCACAUGCUCAAUUGUCUGCUGUCUUAUAUGAUAUGACUCUGAAAAAUACUAUACAUUUCAAAGGAGUAGUUGGGUUUAUCUUACUCGUGAUAACAGCGGUCUUAUGGUUUGUUUUGACUGUUGGUAUCUUAUUACUCAUGGAAGGAUUAUCCGCUUUCUUACACGCAUUACAUCAAGACGAUUAA